GCUCUGCCCGCCCCCUUCCUCCUUCGCCCUCCUCCCGGAGCGCAGGGAGCCGGCGCUGGCGGGCGGGUAGCAGUGGGGCGGGGGCCGCGGCCGGCAUGUGAAGCGGGGCAGCCCCCUCCCCGCUCCGGUAGCGCCGCUCUCCUCUGGCUCUGUGCCCUGCCCAGCCCUGUCCUGCCCUACCCUGCCCGGCGGCUUCUUCCUCAGCCGCCCCGCGCCCGUCCCGCGGGCCCGGUCGGGCUCCGCUCGCCAUGAAGAAGUUUUCUCGGAUGCCCAAGUCCGAUGGGAGCGGCGGCGGGACGCCGUGUGUCGGCUCUGGCGGCGGGGUGAGCGGCGUCGCUCUGGGCAAGGUGCUCUCCGUCGGACGGUACCAGGUCACCCCCGAAGAGCUCCUGGCGGAAGGUGGCUUCUCAACCGUGUUCCUGGUCCGCACCCAGGGAGGGCCCCGCUGCGCGCUGAAGCGAAUGUAUGUGAACAACGUGCCAGACCUCAACAUCUGCAAGAGAGAAAUCACUAUCAUGAAGGAGUUAUCUGGGCACAAGAACAUUGUGAGCUACUUGGAUUGUGCUGUGAACUGCAUAAGUGACAACGUCUGGGAGGUGCUCAUUCUCAUGGAGUACUGUAAAGCUGGGCAGGUUGUGAAUCAGAUGAACCAGCGCCUGCAGACAGGCUUCAGUGAGGCAGAGGUGCUGAGGAUCUUCUGUGACGCCUGUGAAGCUGUUGCCCGGCUGCAUCAGUGCAAGACGCCCAUCGUCCACCGCGAUCUGAAGGUGGAGAAUCUACUGCUAAAUGAUAACGGCAACUACGUUCUCUGUGACUUCGGCAGUGCCACCAACAAGUACCUUCACCCCCAAAGAGAUGGUGUGAAUGUGGUUGAGGAGGAAAUUAAGAAGUACACAACACUGUCAUACAGAGCUCCUGAGAUGGUCAAUCUUUAUGGAGGAAAACCAAUUACUACCAAGGCAGAUAUCUGGGCACUUGGCUGCUUGCUGUACAAACUCUGCUUCUUCUCAGUGCCCUUUGGAGAAAGCCAAGUUGCUAUCUGCGAUGGAAGCUUUACCAUCCCCGACAGCUCGCGGUACUCCCACAGCAUGCACUGCUUGAUCAGAUAUAUGCUUGAACCAGAUCAAGAAAAGAGACCUGACAUCUUUCAGGUCUCUUACUUUGCCUUUAAACUUGCCAAAAAGGACUGUCCAGUGUCUAAUAUAAAUAAUUCUCCUGUCCCUUCAACUCUUCCUGAACCCAUGACAGCUAGUGAGGCAGCUGCUAGAAAAAGCCAAAUAAAAGCAAGGAUAACAGACACUGUUGGGCCAACAGAAACCUCAAUCGCUCCCCGCCAGCGCCCCAAGGCCAACGCCGGCAGUGCCAGCGCUGGGGUGCUGGCGAUCCAGAGCUCCGCGGCACCGGGCAAGGUGCAGGCUCCUGGGGAACUGGGCAGCUGUGGACAUAAAGGAGCCACACGGCCAGGGAAUGGACAAGAAAUCUUGCAGUCCCAUGGGACCACCCAGCAGCACCCCCCACAGCAGAACAGAGUUCUCCAGCAGCUGCAGCAGGGAGACUGGAGACUGCAGCAGCUACACCAUUUACAUCACCAGCAGCAGCAGCCUACACUUCAGGAUGCUUACAUCCAGCAGUAUCAACAAGCAGUGCACCAGCAGAUGGUCCAGCAGCAGCUGUUGAUGCAGUCUGUGUACCAGCAGCAGCCUUCCCAACCUCAGUACCCUGCUAUGGUGCAGCAGUAUCAGCAGGCUCUCCUGCAGCAGCAGAUGCUUGCUCAGCAGCAGCGGGCACAGCAGGCACAGUCCCCUGAAUACAUCACCUCUCCACAAGACUUCUCACCAGCCUUAAUCUCCUACCCUGGGUCACUUCCAGUGUGUGCUGGGACAGUGGCAAAUUCUUCCUACCCUGCAAGCAGGUCAGGUGUUCCUGAUGUUGAAGCAAUUACCAGCUACCCAAAGCAGAGCAUCAAUAACCCACCUGAUAUGUCAGGCUGGAACCCCUUUGGAGAGGACAAUUUUUCCAAGCUGACAGAGGAGGAGCUGCUGGACAGAGAAUUUGACCUGCUAAGAUCAAACAGGCUGGUGGACAGGAGAGCAUCCUCAGAUAAGAUUGUGGAGCCACAUUCAGCUCCACAGAAAAAUCCUCCCGAAGAUCCCUUUGGUUCUGUUCCUUUCAUUUCUCACCCAGGUUCCCCUGGGAAACAAGUGGAUAACUCAGCCAGCAGCCAAGGGAACCACCUGGAGACCCCCAGCAAGGCUGGGAAGCUGAGCCAUGCUUUCAGAGACCCCCGGCCAGGCAGGAAGGCUGCAGAGGGACAAGUGGCCAAAGGAGGUGACGAGUCGGAGAGUGACUUUGAAUCUGAUCCUCCUUCUCCCAAGAGCAGUGAGGAAGAAGAAGAACAGGAGGAUGAAGAAGUCUUACAAGGAGAAAAUGGAGAUUUCAAUGAUGACAACGAUACAGAACCAGAGAAUUUAGGCCACCGACCUCUUCUCAUGGACUCAGAGGAAGAGGUGGAGGAAGAGGAAGAAGAGAAGCAGAGUUCUGACUCUGACUCUGAUCGUACCAAGCAGAAAUCUGGAGAAGGGCCUCCGAGCAGUAGGUUCAGAGAUGGUCAAGUCCCAGAGCCCAGUCCAGUGCCUACAUCUGAGGUGCCAAGUACCCUAAUCAAGGGGAACGCUGGCCAGGAAUUUGAUGUGUUUGGGGCUGUGCCCUUUUUCACUCUGCAGCCUCAGGCAGGGGAGAAGAUGAACAAAGAUGUCUCUUCCCAGGUGACUGUUCCUGGCCUGACCCAAGAGCAGGAUGACUUUGAUGUGUUCACCAAGGCCCCCUUCAGCAAGAAGGUGUCUCAGCACGACGGGCAGCUGGCAGGAACCGUGCCCCUGCUCUCCCCCAGCUCUCCGCACUGCGUGGACAUCUUCGGCUGCACCCCGUUCCAGCCUUCCCUGCUCCCCAAGAGCGGGGGCAGCAAGGAGGACCUGUUCGGGCUGGUUCCUUUUGAAGAGCUCACAGGGAACCCCCAGCAGAAGGUGAAGCAGCAGCGCAGCCUGCAGAAGCUCUCCUCCCGCCAGCGGCGCCUGAAGCAGGAGGCGCCCAAGAGCAACGGGAAGCGGCACCACGGCACCCCGGGCGGCAGCAAGAAGGGGCCGAAGCCGAGCUACCGCACGCCGGAGCGAGCCCGCAGGCACAAGAAGGCCGGGCGCAGGGACUCGCAGAGCAGCAACGAGUUCCUGACCAUCUCGGACUCCAAGGAGAACAUCAGCCUGGCGCUGCCCGACAGCAAGGACCGAGCCGGCGCCCUGCAGGCCGACGAGGGGCUGCUGGAUCCCUUCGGAGCCAAACCCUUCCACCCGCCCGACCUGCUGCGGCAUCCCCAGCACCAAGGCUUCGGCGAGGGCCGCGGGGACCACGGCGCGGUCGUGGUGGCCGGGAGGGGCAGGCAGAGCUCCUUGCACGGAGCCCUCCAUGGUGCUGACGGGCUGAGAACAGACGACUUUGGCGCCGUGCCCUUCACGGAACUGGUGGUGCAGCGCGCACAGAGCCAGCAGCAGCAGGCGCUGGAGCUGGACCCCUUCGGAGCAGCUCCCUUCCCUGCCAAGCAGUAGCUGCCUCCGGCUGGCUACCCCUCUGCCCCUCCUGGUUGCUUCAGAGAGGAGUUAAGGAGUGGGGUAAUGGAUCUGCUUGAAUUACCAGGCUGUACAGCUUGCUCAAGUCCCACAGGGCCAGGCCAGCCUGCAGGAGGAGAUUCAGAAAGGUAGCAAAUUUGGGUUUUGGGGGGAGAAGAGCAGGACAAACCAGCCUGGGGGAUCAGCUUGCACUGAUAGAUGGCUCCCAGAAUACCAGGAGAAAUGAGACCGGAGUUGUUGGCCCUGGCCCAUGCUGUCAUUCUGCACUUUGGCCUUGCCUUUCCAGCCCUCUGUGUCAAGCUGAGGUGGAGGUCACAGGAAAGGUUUCCCAUGAGCACAGCUGGGCCGAUGGCAGCGGGACCAGGCUGGUUCUUGUGUCUCAGUUGCAGUAGACCCAAGAGCCAGGACGUACUAAUAGCCAGACUGGUCUGCUGGAGGUAGUCAAGUCUUUGCUUCCUAGGUGAAAACUACCUUUGUUAAUCACAAAAAUCAAGAAGCCAAGUCCUCAAGGGGCUGUGGCCCAGGGUUCCAGAGCACGCCUCUGGCUUGGGCCCUGGCAGCCAUCUAUGCAGCUGCAGAGACAAAGGGCAGAUCCUUUUUGUGUGCCUAAUUGUUCAGUUUUACUUUGAUUUUUAUAGUAAGUGCCAUUAAUGUAAAACAGCAAACUGGAAGUUUAGCAUCCAGACUAAAGGUCCUGAGGUGAUAAUGGUCUGGGGGACAAAAAACCUGACUGUAGGGGAGCGGGGAGGCAGGCGGUGCUUGCAGCACUCGCUGCGCCGGGAAGAGAGGCUGCUGUACCCCAGGGGGUGCUUGGCCACAUAGGCAGCGUUUCAGAUUGUCCUGUUGGCUGUGAGGUGCCACCAUCAGAUGCAUUUGGUGACAAGCUGGUAUCUGUGUCUGCAGAUACCUUCUCUUUUGGGUUUUUGUUGCAAAGAACACGUGUCUUCUCUCAAAGCUGUUGUGUCUCACAACAAUAAGGUUACGAGGUGGCUGUAAGCUGCUGCUCUGUUCGGUGCUGCUCAACCUCUUGUUCUGAAGUGUACUCCCUAAGAAAGGUUUGCUCCCUGCACUGAGCUUUCAAGGAGCUUCUCCAGCCCGGCUGUGUGUGUGUGGGAGCAGCACAGCAGCAGCUCCUGCACCAGCAGCCUGCA